AAAGUCAAGUUGGCAAGAUGGAGGGUGAACCCCAGGCUCCCCGAAUGCAGAUCCAAUAUGUUAAGACUGAAGUAGCCACCUUGCUUGGUACACGAUUGAAAGGGGAAUCCCAAAAUACAUCAUCUACAUUGUGAGUACAAUAUGCACAAUACAUAAACCAAUGAACAAGAAUCUUUGAAAAUAAAAACACUACUGAAAAGUGAAAACAGAUAACAAAUUACAUAACACUGCAGAAAAGACCAACGUGCCUAAUAAGCAAAUCGUUUAACUUUGAUAUAAAACUACACUUAAAGAAGUAAUGCAUACGAGCACAUUAUGUAGCACUGCUAAAAAGUAUAAUGCCAAACACCUGAAAACCUUCAGACACUAAAACCAUCGCAAUUAGGGGAACCCCAGUAUCCACGGACUCAACAGUAUAUGGGGAUGGCCAUAUAUAACAAGUUAAUGGGCAAAAACAUAUUUUAAUAUGAAGCCAGAAAUUUUAAAAACAAGGCUACAGCAGGUUCUGUGGGAAAUACUACUAUUCAAUAGAAGAACUCGUAGAGGAUGAAACGAUAAUUUGAGCAAAGGAUGGGCAGUAGUCAGCAGUACUCACUCAGAUGGAAUAAUUACCCAACCCAUGUAACAGGAGGUUUUAGUACAUUGAGGAAUGAUGAAGAGUUAGUGGACGUGACACUGAGCUGCGAAGGAAAGCGCAUUCGGGCUCACAAAAUGCUUCUUUCAGUGUGCAGCACUUACUUCAGAGAGCUUUUCAAAGAAAAUCCUUGCCAGCAUCCAGUAAUAAUUUUCCGUAAUGUCAAGUUUGAAGACCUGGUGGCUCUGUUAGACUUCAUAUAUCUUGGUGAGGUGAAUGUGAUGCAGGAACAGCUCACAUCCUUCCUCACAACAGCAGAACUGUUGGCAGUGCAAGGUCUGUCAGAUGAUACAGUUAAAGACAAAUCAGCAGCCAUGGCUGACAGUCUCCUGCCAGAAAGAGAGCAAAUAGAUCUCACUGACUCUCCACCACCAGUGCACAAAACUGUUGCUCUGAAGAACAGUGGAUGUUCUGGGUUAUCACACAACAGGAGAGAAGUAUCAUCUCCUCGGCGACAUUCUCCAAUACCAGGUUACUGUGCAACCACAUCUGUCACAGAGUGCCACCAGGAGGCUUUGCCAAACAAGCGACGUCGGCGGUCGUCUCCUCCAAAAUUGGCUGCCAUUUUUGGGCUGAGUGGGAAGAGCGACGAGAACAGACGAGAAUGCCCUAUAGUACCUACAGUUGCCAGAAUAUCAGCUAAGGCACCAGCACGAGAACCUGUGGAAACCGCACCCAGCAUACCAGAACCUCAUGUCAAAAUGGAGGAUCCAGACUACAUAGAUGAUUCUCGAACUUCUGCCAACCGGGGCCAGUUAUCAGGUGGGGCAGUUCUGGAAAGUGAUACUUGUUCAAACUUGGAACAGUUUGUAGUUGCUAAAACUGAAGGAGAUUCAUCACUUGCUGUGAAUGUGGACCCUCCCGAUGCUCUAGAUGUGUAUGGCAGUAGCUCACAGGAUGUGGACGCCACAUCAGACAGCUUACCUACAGGAGAACUUCCUCAUAUUCUUGUGAAAGCUGGUCCAUCUGAGGAGAAACAAAAUGAAGAUAUGCGACGGCGCCAGACUUUGUGGACAGGAUCCCUCUGGCAGAGCCUUGGAUGUGGGUCAGAGCAGUCUGUGGUGCAUCACUUGACCAGGUCUUCUAUUCAUGGUAAAAUCUGCCUCCAGUGUAAAGUGAAGCAGCGAACUACAGCAAGGGGAUCAUUCAAACAGACUCGCUUCUUGUGUGCCGAGUGCAAUGUGCGAUUGUGUAGAGAACCAUGUUUUGACGAGUAUCACAUAGAGGCGGGCAUACCCACAGCUCCGUAUUCCAGGAAUUACAGCUAAUGAGAUGAGCAGGCAUGUAGCAGUGUCUGAAGAUUUAACCAAGAAGUCUUUCCAGCAUUUGGCACUAAAGUACUUAUGAGAUUCCUGUUACCUUAUUAUUUUCAGUCCAGUGAAAUGGAAAAGAUGGUCAUGUUUGACUACACUAGUAAAAUUUAUGUUUUAUUUUAACAGUCUAUGACUGGAAUUGUUACAGGAGAUGACUUUUGUAUGCUUGUGGUUGUACAUAAUGUGAUUGAAAAAUUAUAGUAUUUCUUAAUUCUAGACAA